GCCGGCCGAAGUCAGUUCUGUUGUCAGCCCAUUUUGGUCUCCGGGGCCCAUCAGCUGAUUAGUUGAUGUGCAACAAUUUUCCCGCGAAAUCAAAUUGGUGUGUUGAACUUGAGAGUUUGAAAAUCAACUGUCUUGAACAAUGCGCUUCAGAAGAUUGCACAGCACCUGUUCGCGUUUACUACUGAAUGAACCGGCGAGCCAUCUCAAAGCAGAAUUGCCACGCACCAAAUUAGCUGGCGGUGAACCACCGGCGAAGUCAGCGAAAGUCAGUAGCUCAGAUAUUGUGCAAUGGAACAGGUCUAUCACCCAACACAUGCGACAAGGAGAAUGCGAUUCCGCAUUGAGCUUAUUCAAUUCUAUGCCAGCAAAGUCCAGUGUAUCCUGGAACGCAAUGCUUUCUGGGUAUUUGUUGAAUGGCAAAUUGGACCUCGCUCAGAAGCUGUUCGACGAAAUGCCUCAGAGAGAUUUGGUAUCCUGGAACAUUAUGCUUAGUGGGUAUAUCAAGAAUAAGAAUUUUAGGGCAGCUAGGAUUUUGUUUGAUCAAAUGCCUGUUAAAGAUGUAGUGUCGUGGAAUGCAUUGCUUUCCGGGUAUGCCCAGAAUGGGUACGUUGAUGAUGCUAGAAGGAUCUUUCUCAUGAUGCCCGUGAAGAAUGAGAUCUCUUGGAAUGGACUUCUCGCUACGUAUGUUCAGAAUGGGAGGAUUGAGGAGGCUAGGAAAUUGUUUGAGUCAAAGGAUAAUUGGUCGUUGGUUUCUUGGAAUUGCUUGUUGGGUGGGUAUUUGAGAAAGAAGAUGCUGGCUGAGGCAAAGGUGCUUUUCGAUAAAAUGCCUGUCAAGGAUCAGGUGUCAUGGAACACGAUAAUUUCUUGUUAUGCCCAGAGUGAUGAUUUCGAGGAAGCGAGGAGGUUAUUCGAUGAGUCCCCUAUUAAGGAUGUGUUUACCUGGACUUCAUUGCUUUCUGGUUAUGUACAGAAUAGGAUGGUAGAUGAAGCUAGGAGGAUCUUCGAUGAGAUGCCAGAGAAGAAUGAGGUUUCUUGGAAUGCAAUGAUUGCAGGAUAUGUUCAGUCUAAAAGGAUGGACUUGGCGAGGGAAUUCUUUGAGGCAAUGCCUUGUAAAAACAUCAGCUCUUGGAAUACAAUGAUAACAGGUUAUGCUCAAAUUGGGGAUAUAACUCAUGCCAGAAGUUUGUUUGAUUGUAUGCCUAACCGUGAUUGCAUCUCUUGGGCAGCAAUUAUUGCUGGGUAUGCUCAAAGUGGCAACAGUGAGGAAGCAUUACUCAUGUUUGUUCAAAUGAAGAGAGAUGGUGGGAGGAUAAAUAGGUCGGCAUUUACUUGUGUUUUGAGUACAUCUGCUGACAUUGCUGCAUUCGAGUUUGGAAAGCAAAUACAUGGACGACUUGUCAAGGCUGGAUAUCACACUGGGUGUUAUGUCGGAAAUGCACUCCUAUCAAUGUACUGUAAGUGUGGAAGUAUUGAUGAGGCAUAUGAUGUGUUCGAGGAGAUAGCGGAGAAGGAUGCUGUCUCUUGGAACACAAUGAUCAUCGGUUAUGCAAGGCAUGGAUUUGGCAAACAAGCUCUUAGACAAUUCGAAUCAAUGAAAGAAGUGGGUAUCAGGCCGGAUGAUGUCACCAUGGUUGGUGUAUUAUCUGCUUGUGGCCAUACCGGCUUGAUUGACAAAGGCAUGGAACACUUUUACUCAAUGGCUCGAGAUUAUGGAAUAGUUACAAAUCCCAGGCAUUAUACUUGCAUGAUUGACCUUUUGGGUCGAGCUGGGCGACUGGAUGAUGCUCAAAAUCUAAUGAAGGAUAUGCCUUGUGAACCAGAUGCUGCAACCUGGGGUGCUCUCCUUGGGGCAAGUAGGAUUCACGGAAACACUGAAUUAGGAGAAAAGGCCGCUGAAAUGAUUUUCAGAUUAGAGCCUUGGAAUGCCGGGAUGUAUGUCCUUCUCUCAAAUUUAUAUGCAGCCUCUGGCAGAUGGCGUGACGUUAGCAAGAUGAGAUUAAAAAUGAGGGACACAGGAGUAAGGAAAAUGCCUGGUUACAGCUGGGUUGAGGUGCAAAAUCAGAUACAUCUUUUUUCAGUUGGGGAUACAAUGCAUCCAGACAGCAAGAGAAUAUAUGCUUUCUUGGAAGAGUUAGAAUUAUUAAUGAAGCAGGAAGGUUAUGUCUCUGCCACGAAAUUGGUCCUGCAUGAUGUAGAUGAGGAGGAGAAGGCACACAUGCUCAAGUAUCACAGCGAAAAAUUAGCCGUUGCCUUUGCAAUUCUAAAUAUACCAUCUGGGAGAGCAAUUCGUGUGAUGAAAAAUUUAAGGGUUUGUGGAGAUUGUCAUACUGCAAUCAAACUCAUAUCGAAGAUUGUGGGUAGAUUAAUUAUUGUUCGGGAUAGUAACCGUUUUCAUCACUUCAGUGAAGGUGUUUGUACCUGUGGAGACUAUUGGUAGUACUAGAUAGUAGAGUGUGAAAGUAUACCAAUUAUAUUUUAGCCGCUGUAUACUUAGCUAUUGUGCUGGUCAUCUCCAUAAGUGUUGAGGAUUUACUGUAGUUAUUGCACACAUGGAAGCAAAGCACAGAAGAGGGAUAAGUGGAUAAUCCCUUUCUUGUUGUUUGGUGAAUUUGGUGCGUAUAAUCUGUGAUCUCCUCGUUGAUUUUGGUAAAAAGGAGAUUGCUGAGAUGUAUCGCCCAUAAUUGUUGCACUUACGCACCAUAUAACAAAAGGAAGAGAAAUAGUUUCCUUAAGUUUCUCAGAGAUCUGAUAAUCAGAAUAGAGUGACGUGAAUUUGUAGGAGGGGUUUAGCAGUUGUGCCUCUAAAAUAAAUUAAUUAUCACUUCAGGAGUACUUUGGUCCUCUGUUCUCUGGCGAGAGAUUCUUGAUUGGCUCCUUCUACCUGUCUGGCCCAAACGCAUGACAGUGACUGUUUGUCAGGUAUCAUAAAUCUGCUCUACCCUAAGCUCGCUGACUGAUUUCCUGCUUCUUUGAGCCUCACUAGCUAAGCGGUAAUGAUACUAUUGUGGCCCAGCAUUUACACAUAGUGGAACUCUCCUCAAAAUCUGCUAUCUAAGAUUAUCCUGUCCCUAAGUUAACCUCAUAUGCGGCCACGAGAAAAAUCAUACUUUUCUUGAUAUGGUGAAGAGCACAUGUAUUGGAUGACUAUACAAUCACCAAACUUACUUGUAGGUGGUACUGGUAUCCUUCUGAGUUUUGAGAGCAAAAGGAAGAAAGGAGUUAUACUUUGAAGUUCAAACACACUGAACAGAAUGGUCGAAAGCCAUCUUGCCUGAAGCAAAGCCCAUACCUGCAGUUACUGAGUUUGUUGCACAGUUACAGAUCUUGGAGCUGUUGGACAAUGCUAUUUUUACUGCUGGCUACAAGGCUGUGUUGCACAUUCAUGCUAUUGUUGAGGAAUGCGAGAUUGUUGAACUGCUGCAGCAGAUUGAUCUCAAGAAAAAGAAACCCAUGAAGAAAAAACCUUUGUUUGUAAAGAACGGAGCAAUCGGUCUAUGUAGUGUUCAGGUGAAUAAUCUGAUUUGUAUCGAGAAGUUCUCUAAUUUUCCACAACUUGGGCGGUUCACUCUUCGCAGUGAAGGAAGAAAGGAGUUAUACUUUGAAGUUCAAACACACUGGAAAGCCACCUUGCCUGAAGGUAAAAAAAUACUUUUAUCAGUUGUGGAUCCGAUUGGACAACUUUGGGUACGGAUGUGAACAUGUCUGCUCAAGCCACUUUAUCAUUCCAUUCAGAGGAGUAAUAAUUUAUCCCUGACAUAGCUAGGUGGGAUAGUAGUAGUCAAGUGGAUGAAGGGUAUACCAACUCUAUAAUAUAACAAGAGAUAAUCAACAUGUAUUUGUCUACUUCUGGGAUCACCACUCAGCCCAUCAAUCUCCCUUGAUAAUUUUUGCUGGUAGUGGUUUUCCAGGUUUUCAAUACAAUUCAGAAAUAAAUAACUA